CAAUCCUUCCUCUUCCUAACGAUAACAUCGAAAUCCAGGGAAUCGACAAUUCAAAAUGUCUGCCCCUGAGCCUCAUCCCGUUGAAUCGUCCGCUUCUGGACAAAAUCCAGCUCAAGAAAUGGUUGAUGGUGUAAAACAAUUAGCCAUCAAUGCACAGCAGAACAAAGAUACAAACCCUGCAUCAGCAAAUGAUGCUAAACCAAAAGGACAAAAGAAAGAAAAGAAGGAAAAGAAAGCAAAAGGUGGUGAUGAUUCCGUUAAGCAACCUCUUGAAUUCACACCUACUCCAGAUUUCUUUGCACAUCGUUUAGCUCUUUUCGACAGAUUGAAGAAAGAGCAAGAUGAUGAACGGGCCAAACAAGACAGAAAAGAAAUCACAAUCACACUUCCUGAUGGCAAGGAGAAGAAAGGCACAGCUUUUGAAACCAGCCCCAUGGAAGUCGCCAGGGAGAUCAGCAAAAGUUUGAGUGAACGUAUAGUGAUCUCCAAAGUGAAUGGUGAUUUGUGGGAUCUAGAAAGACCUUUCGAGAAAGAUAGCUCUGUGGAAUUCUUCGACUUUGAAAGUCCAGAAGGAAAGAGAGUCUUUUGGCACUCCUCUGCUCACGUUUUGGGAGAAGCAGCGGAACGUCAUUAUGGUUGCCAUCUCUGUAUCGGUCCUCCCACCGAAGAUGGUUUCUUCUACGAAAUGGGAAUGGGUCUCAGUCAAGACCGCUCCGUUCGUCCAGAAGACUUUACACAAUUAGAAAACUUGAUCAAAUCAGCUAUCAAGGACAAGCAAAAGUUUGAACGAGUCAUUGUUUCAAAAGAAAAUCUUUUGGAGAUGUUCAAAUACAACAAGUACAAACAACACAUCAUCUCCUCAAAGAUCCCUGACGGCACUUCCACAACCGUAUACCGCUGUGGACCUAUGGUGGACUUGUGUGUUGGCCCGCAUAUUCCUCACACUGGUAGAAUCAAGGCAAUGUCUAUCCUAAAGAACUCCGCCUCAUACUUUUUGGGAGAUCAAAACAACGAUUCGUUGCAAAGACUGUACGGUAUCUCCUUCCCGGACACCAAGCAAAUGACAGAAUACAAACAAUUCCUGCUAGAAGCAGCAAAGCGGGAUCAUCGAAAGAUCGGAAAAGACCAAGAGCUAUUCUUCUUCCACGAGAUGAGUCCAGGAUCUUGCUUCUGGUUACCGCAUGGAACACGAAUUUACAAUACCCUUUUGGACUACAUGAAAUCGGAAUACCGCAAGCGUGGAUUCACUGAAGUUAUUUCGCCCAACAUGUACAACAGCAAGGUUUGGGAGACAUCAGGACAUUGGCAGAAUUACAAAGAUGACAUGUUCGUUUUACCAGUCGAGAAGGAACAGUUUGCCUUGAAGCCAAUGAACUGUCCUGGACACUGCUUGAUGUUUGGGUCCCGCGAUAGAAGUUAUAAGGAGCUACCGAUGCGAUAUGCAGAAUUUGGUGUCAUUCAUCGUAAUGAAGCAAGUGGUGCUUUGAGCGGUUUGACCCGUGUGAGAAGAUUCGUUCAAGAUGAUGCCCACAUCUUCUGUAUGUCAUCGCAGAUCGAACAUGAAGUCAAAUUGUGCUUCGAUUUCUUGCAGGCCGUUUAUGGCAAGUUUGGCUUCACCUUCAAGUUGGAAUUGAGUACUCGUCCGGAGAAGUACAUUGGUGAUAUUCAAGUAUGGAACGAUGCGGAGAAACGAUUGGAGAAUGCAUUGAACGAAUUCGUUCCUGGCAAGUGGGAAAUGAAUCCUGGAGAUGGUGCUUUCUAUGGUCCAAAGAUUGAUAUCACAAUCUCAGACGCAAUGAGAAGAGAAUUCCAAUGUGCUACCAUUCAAUUGGACUUCAAUUUGCCUAAUCGUUUCAACUUGAAAUUCCGUACUUCUACCGAUGCAGAAGGUACAGAAUUCGAAAGGCCGGUCAUGAUUCAUCGUGCCGUUUUGGGAAGUUUGGAACGUUUCAUUGCCAUUUGUACAGAGCAUUUCGCCGGUAAAUGGCCAUUCUGGAUGAGUCCUCGUCAAAUCGUCGUCAUUCCCGUCACUCAAUCGGUUUACGGAUAUGCAGAAGAAGUUCAACGUAUGUUUAAUGCACAAGGAUUCUUUACAGAUGCAGACCUUACAUCUGAAACAUUGAAGAAGAAAGUCUUGCGUGCUGAAACUGGUGGUUAUAAUUUCAUCUUCAUUGUUGGUCAUGAAGAACAAGAAAAGCGUGCUGUUAAUGUUCGUAACGGACAUGCUACUUCCGCUACAAAAGGACGUGAAGAAGUGAUCUCUCUAGAUGAUGUCUCACGUCGAUUGCAAAAUUUGAAAGAGACAAAAAAGAUUGAGAAUGAACUGUAAUCUACCUUCCAUCCAUAGUCAAUACUCUUUGAAUAAUAUACAUUAUUUCUUCUAAUCAU